AUGCGUAUUUUGGCACGAAAUAGAAGAAAUGGUUCAACAUGUAGUGUAGUUACAGCGACUUUCUCAGCCCACUUUGUCUAAAACCGCAUUUAAAAUGGGUAAUCGGUUUAGCAGACAGAACGAGGGAGUCGAAGAUAUCGACGUUUCCUCGCAUCCUUACCGUUAUCCUCCGAGUUCAGGAAAGAACUUCUUUGCCGAUUAUUUUCUCAUGGGAGGAUCGAAGUUUGAUACCCCACAGCCAGAGGCGUACCUCUUUGGAGAGAACAGUGAUUUGAAUCUACUGAAUCCCAAGCCCGUGACGUUUCCAUACAGGCAGCCAAUAGACAAUGAACCAACAAAAACACUAAGAAGUCUUGUGAAUUUAAGGAAAGACUCAUUAAGGCUUGUGAAAAGCUUAGAUCAAGAAAGCUAUGGAAUUGAGUUUGUUUUUGAUGCGGAUGUGAAGUGUGCAGUAGCAGUACAUUACAUGGCAACAGAAGACUUGUCCACAGGCUUAGCAAUCUACACAUCACAAGAGCCUCUCACAUCUUCACCAAAGACACACUUCCCAAAGGGAUCAGGUCAGGUGUAUAACAGUUCUCCUAAACACAAGAUCAGACCUAGUUUAUUUUCUGAGGAGGAGUUGAACUAUUCCCCUCUCAAUCAUCCACGCAUCCCAGUCGUGAUUCAAAUUGAUGCAGAUGAGGAAGAAUAUCUGGGUCAUUCUAACAUCACACUAGCGACAUUUGAAAAAAUGUCUGAUGGAUCAUACAUCAUAAAGCCUAUUAAACAGAAGCAGAUGGUUGAUGGUCUCUGUUACCUUCUCCAAGAAAUAUAUGGAAUUGAAAACAAAAUUAAUUUAAAAAGUGCAAAGGAUGAAGAUAACGAGUUAGAAGAAACUGGUUUGGAGUGUGUCAUUUGCAUGAGUGACAUGCGAGAUACCUUGAUCCUACCCUGCAGACAUCUGUGUCUUUGUAGAGACUGUGCGGAAUCACUAAGAUUUCAAGCAAGUAACUGCCCGAUUUGCAGAUCACCAUUUCAUGCCUUGCUACAGAUCUGCGCCUAUAUCAAGAAGCAAAAUGGCCCAAAUUCUCAGGAAACUCAUGGAGAGAGCGCCUGGCCUGGAUAUGAAGAAAUUCCUCUUGUAGAGGCACUAAAUGGAACAAUUAAACCAGACAAUAUACCAGAAGAAGCUGUUGCACGUAUGCGUCGAAGAUCAGCGUCAAGCAUUCGAUCCUCGGGCAGAAGGAGAGUCGAGAGUGCUCGCGGUCAGCGGUAUGUUGAGAGAUCUCUUUCAGCGUGUUCAGGGAUGUCGCGUCCCAGCACAGCCCCUGCGAGCAGAGGCAGAAUUGAACAAGUAGGGGAACCCGUAAGAGUUGAGCGAAUUCAACGACAGGAGGCUACAUUAGAGUCAAAAGACGAGGUCGCGCCGAUUAAUGGUGCAGAAAUUGAAGAAGCUACUUCGGUGCACGAGGAGGAACAAGUCGUAAGCCCUGUAAUGACAAAGGAAACAGAACAGUUUGAAGACGCACAGGACCUCCAAGUACACGUCGACGUAUCCUUACCCGGCACACCGCUGAGUAGUGAUAUCAGUGGGCGCAGCAGCCUUAGUGCCGGGAGCGCGUCAGCGACCACGCCGACUUACAUCCGGUUAGAGGAAGGAACAGGGGAGGCUUCCGUUACCGUACUACCUACAUAAUUGUUUGUAAAACUUAAUACGAUGUGGUGAAGUAGCAUACAUCUCAAAAGGUAGUAUGUGCUUCAACUGAAACAGUGGAACAAAUUUCAACUGAUGUUGCAAAUAGUGCAAAAUUGCAUCGGCUAUUUCCAUGUGACUUACGUCGCUCUGCUCAUUUCAAAUCUUAGACCCAAUCGUUUUCCCGCGCUGGAGGUCAAUCAUUUGAAUUUACUUCGAAUCCGUAUGGGCUUCUUUAGACGUUAGCAUCUCCCCUGAUGGGCUGUAAUGGCAUAUGAUGAUUUUGUCUUUUUUUUUAUCUCUAGACUCAGUUGAAAAGCGCUCUAAAUGGCAGCUUUGUCUGAUCCUAUUCCCUGUAGACCCCUUGUUAUGAUCAAUGGUAACGUUUGUCAGCAAUGAACUGCGACGCAGUUUAACAUGUUGCUAAUGAAAAAAUGGCUGAACUCACAAGUUAGUGCCAAGUUAAUUUUCAGUAAUACAGCCUUGAGGCGACAGUACUCCAAAGAGGCCCGCCUUCUCUUCCGGUUGGCCUCAUUCAUGGGGGGAAAUAACCACUGCUCGUUGUAACCGACGAGGUAAUAGUCAAGGAAAAAAAAUUGUAUUUAAAUUGAAUGUCAUGUAUCACAGAAUACAGCAUAAUUUUCGCGAGAUACCUUUUUCAGUUUUCAGCUCAUUUUUUAUUAUCGGUUAUUUUUCAUGGUUAAAGUAAUGACUUUCAAGAAUUGCAAGGUGCGCGGACAUUUUAACUUCAAAAUGAGGUCUGGAAGCAUAUUAGAUUUACACAUGGCCAAAACAUUGCAUGAGGAGCAUUUGAGAAAAUUCCUCGUAGUCUAAAUCCACCAUGAGCCUAAAGAAAUAAGUUAUGUGAAAUUGCGACUUUUGAGAGAUAAAUUGAGUUCAUUGAAUUUUAAACUUAAUAGUUACCUAGGGUGACUAGUUGUAAACAAAUAUCAGAUUUUCUCCCCAUUAUUCCGUACGAAAGUUUCGUUGGGGCUUGUUUCUGUCUUGUUUAACCCUUUCACACCAAACAGUGACUAGCAUUUAAUUUCUCCCUCGAAUAUCAUCUCUAAGGUUAUGAGAAUGAAGGAAAUGAUCACUUAAGAAGCUUUUGAUCGUAAAACAAAUUCUCCUUGUCAGUACCUCAGGAAAUUUUUAGAGAACAGUAUGGAGAAUAUGCAUACUGAUGGCAGGGUGUAAAGGGUUAGGAGACUGACGGAACCUUCCCCAAGGAAACUUCAGAAGAACAAUUGGGUUCUAUUUGUAUUUAUUGAUGGCAUGCGCACUUAACAUUAUGAAUGUACUUUCUUCAGAUUUAUUUCGAUUUACCACUUUUUGACCGAUUUUGUAUCAAAGAUAACUUUUGUACAUUGCUCUCUCUAGAUGUCUCAAUUGAGUCAGUGUUAACGCGGGUCACAGAGAUUUUCUUUUAAGAAUUGAAAAUUCUUGCCACGGUGUUUGAGCGCGCUCUCUGAAUAUAGAUCUGAGGCUUGCCUUCGGGCAUUUCAUCACAUUUUUAAAAAACAAACGAUUGUGUACCUUUAUUAAUCAAAGUACAUUGAAAAGCAGCAUGAGUUAUAAAUGAUAAAUCUCCAAUCUUUCCCAACAUGUUUUCGUGUACUUAGAACAUGUUCAAAUCAAAUAAACUUGUACAGUUUUGAACUCAA